UGGAAUUAAUUAGGUGCAAGACAGGCGAACGAGGGGUCCCGACACGGUUCGAGAUUAAGACCAAACCGGGAAAAACCAGAAAAUGGUAUAAUUACAAAACCCUUACCAAGACUCGCCUCCAAGCUGAAGAAAACCCUUAAUUCUCUUUCUCUUGUUCCAUUUCGUCCCAUUUUGUUCUUUCUACUGUCGCCGUAAAGGAUAUUCAAAAGCGGUAGAGGCGGCGAUGGCGGAUCUUUUACCACCUCUUACGGCGGCACAAGUCGAUGCUAAGACUAAAGUCGAUGAGAAAGUCGAUUACUCGAACCUCCCUUCUCCUGUUCCCUAUGAGGAACUCCACCGUGAAGCUCUCAGUUCAGUAUAUCCUAAAUCCCUUUUCCGAUCUAGUUUUUCAAUCGUCUUUCUUUCUUUUGCUUCCAUUGUAACUUCAGUUGUAUUCCUUGAUAUCUCUAUUUGUUGUUUCUUGAUCUGGAGAUAAAAUGAGUGUGGCUUUGAGUGCAUUGUAUUGGACUGUUUGAGAUUUAGCUUUCUUCUGUUUGAAUUGGUGUCUUUAAAGUCGGACAAUUUUGAGGGUUUACGCUUCGACUUUACCAGGGCGUUGAAUCAGAAGUUUUCUCUCAGUCAUAGUGUAAUGAUGGGGCCAACCGAAGUUCCUGCUCAGUCACCUGAAACUACUAUCAAAAUUCCAACAGCCCAUUAUGAGUUUGGUGCCAAUUAUUAUGACCCAAAGUUGCUGCUCAUCGGAAGGGUAAUGACUGAUGGUAGACUAAAUGCGAGACUGAAAGCAGAUUUAACUGAUAAGUUAGUUGUGAAGGCGAAUGCUCUGAUAACAAAUGAGGAACAUAUGUCACAAGCAAUGUUCAACUUUGAUUACAUGGGAUCAGACUACAGAGCUCAGCUUCAACUUGGACAGAGUGCCCUAAUUGGAGCAACUUAUAUCCAGAGUGUUACAAACCAUUUAUCCUUGGGUGGUGAAAUUUUCUGGGCUGGUGUGCCUCGGAAGUCGGGAAUAGGCUAUGCUGCUAGAUACGAGACAGAUAAAAUGGUUGCUUCUGGUCAAGUUGCUAGCACGGGUGCUGUUGUUAUGAACUAUGUUCAGAAGAUUUCAGAUAAGGUGUCACUUGCCACUGAUUUCAUGUACAACUACUUUUCAAGAGAUGUAACAGCUAGUGUGGGUUAUGACUAUAUGCUUAGACAGGCUCGUGUGCGGGGUAAGAUCGAUUCAAACGGUGUUGCAUCCGCUCUCCUUGAAGAAAGAUUGAGUAUGGGACUCAAUUUUCUUCUUUCUGCAGAGCUGGAUCAUAAGAAGAAGGACUACAAGUUUGGUUUCGGAUUAACAGUUGGUUAAAAGACCGAAUAAAAACCGGCACACAAUAAGCCUGGCGCACAGAGCAGAUUGCAGCAGUAGUGGUUUCAGCUGCGAGGAUUUCGGUUAAAAUUUAUUCUAUUUCAGUUUAGGCUUUUUGGUGAAGUUGGGAAGAUAAACGGUAACGAUGUUGUGUUGUUAUUUGAGGUUUAGGAUUUGUUUCCAAGAACCAUUUUAUAAAAGAAGAAGAAGCAAAUGAGGUUUUUGUUUUACUUCCUUGCUCUAAGAUCUCGUGAACUUCCGAGAGAGGUGUAUCAUUUCAUUUCCUUGCCAUAAAAAAAAACGAAUUCUUUUUUUCUUCCUCGUUCGUUGUCUGAUUUGUUGAAAAUAUUUUAUUCGAAUAUAAAAUCACCUGAGAUUUGUUGCUUUUGACGUGGAAAUAUAAGA